CCAAUAUUUUUGAAUAAGUGUGAGUAUGUAUGUUUAGCACAGAAUGUUGUCUUUUAAAUAGUAUCUGCAGAUGUAGUUAAUGUCUGCGCAGUGCUUUGCCUAGGACACCUGUGAACCGCAAACACGCCACGUGAUCAAUUCAGGAACUACUUUGUAAAUACAACUUGACCUAGACAUGCGGUUUAUGGUUUAAACUAGUUUGCUAAGUUCUUUCUAAAUGUCUUCACAUUGAACAUGGUCGCAUAUGUAUGCUGGACACAAAUAAUUCACUGUCUUUGUGGGAGUUUGUUUGAUUGUUACAAACAUGGAUAUUAACUUGCUGUUUUGGAAAAACGAGGGCAAGACGUUCCUCAGUCGACUACGAAUAUGGUUUAGUGUUCUUGACCCAAGAUCAUUAUUCAGCUCUGAUGCUGAAAUAAAAAAUGCCCCCUCAAUUAUUGGAAGUGCAGAGAGAAAUCUGAACUAUGAGUCGUCUGUUCAUGCUGGUACCAGUGAUAUACUGCCAACCGUUUUCCGGCCUCAAGCAUUCUUUCCAAUAUCAGCACCUUUGGUUGUUGCUAGCUUUUUGCCACACACCAUGGUGAAAUCAGCACUUCUCUGGCAGUUUUUGCUUCAGAGCUACGUUGCUGGAUUCAAUCAUGCAAACAGAAAUACAUUGCCUGACCAGGGGCUUAAGACAUCUUUGAAACAGGGACUGCUCAUUGUUGGUUCAGUUGCGUAUGCAACAUGUGCAGGUGCAAUUCCUCAAAUUGUGAUGCGGCGAUUACGCUUGAGCAGCCCAGCUGCCCAGAUGUUUUUUAGGUCCAUAUUACCAAUUCCCCUCUCAGCCUCUCUGAUGUAUUUUAACGUGGUCGUUAUCAGAAGUGAGGAGUCUGAGAAUGGAAUCCAGGUGUUUGAUACCGAUGGCAAUUCUGUUGGAAUGUCUAAGGCAGCUGGAACAAAAGCUGUACAGGAGACUGCUGUCUCCAGAGCUGCGCUGUUCGGUACAACGGCUGCAGUACCUAGUUUAGUUUUGUUCCUCCUGCAAAAGGGAAGGUUUCUCCAAAGCCCUCUGUUAUUGGCUCCUAUACGUCACAUCAGCACUGCGAUUGUCCUGGGCUUGAUGAUUCCGGUGUCCUUCAGUCUCUAUCCACAGCUCGGAACAAUAAAAAAGGAAAACCUAGAAAAGGAAUUUCAGCCUGCCGCUGCAAGUGGUCCACUGUUCUACCAUAAGGGGCUUUGAGGCCCUUCAUCUAGGUGAUUUCUUUGAUGGGGCAAGAAGAAAAGCAAUCUUUAAUACCCUUCAGAUACCCUUAAAAUUUAUGUAUGACUUAAAUACAAUAUAUAUGUGUAUGUAUAUGUUUGAUAGAUAUACAGGUAUUUUGUAUUUCUAACAUGCAGACACAUUGGAAGGACCUGCGCCCUUAUCCUCAAUAACAUUCUUUGACUUAUUUUUUGUGGUGACAAAAAUGUGAAUAUAAAUGUUUAGAAGUAACUUGAUUCAAAAAAUUCAUUGACUGUAGUUCAAGACGUAAAAUACAGAUAACAAAAUACUAGUAAGUUGAAUGCAUUUCAAACACAUUUAAACAGUUGUCAUACACCAGGACGAUGAAAUCAGUCAUUAAUUACAAAUGUAUACUGAAAGGAGUCCAAGUAUCCAUGCUGUUUAAUUUAAUAGCUGCAACUUGUAUGUUGAUGUACCGUAAAUAAAGCACUGCUAAUUAAUUAACAAAUCUCCUUCCUCAUACAGCUUUUUGCAAACAUUAAGUCAGUCAUUUGGUUUAAAAACUGUUCAAUUGUAUUUAUAAUGCUUCUUUAGUUAUUUAUUAAACAUGUAAUGAAAAACACAAUGGAUUUUCUUGAUGAUUUAGUUACACAAAUAUGAAAAGUUUCUAAAACAGAUGUGCACAUACUGCACACAGUGUAAAUAUCAAGUCAGACACAUACUAGCCCUUUUUAUCAAAAGGACACCAUGAAAUGUUAUGCAACAUUUAGAAAAAUGUAUAUCCACUAACAAUGGCUGACAGUUGACCAGGGAGGAGAGAUCAUUUAAGCCUCCACCCUUUGCAAUCAGUCCACUGCUUAUCAAACUGAGGACAGGUGUUAUGGGUUCUCCUUCUCAAACCAACACCCAAAUGUAGGAUAAUGCAAUGCAAGAAAAUCCUCCUAA